AUGAAGCUGAGACUCGCGUGUGAUGCCUCUCCAUACGGAGUAGGAGCCGUCAUCUCACAUGUUCUACCGUCAGGUGAAGAACACCCUAUUGCAUUUGCAUCACGGACUCUGUCACCAAGUGAGAAAAAUUAUGCUCAAAUUGAGAAGGAAGCCCUGAGCAUAAUAUUUGGAGUGAAGAAGUUUCACAAAUACCUCUACGGAAGGAAGUUCCAACUGCUGACAGAUCACAAGCCUCUGUUGGCCAUCCUUGGACCAAAAUCAGCUAUACCAACCCUUGCGGCACUUCGAAUGCAACGUUGGGCUCUGAUAUUGUUAGCCUACGACUACGAGAUUGAGUACAGACGAUCCACUGAUCACGCAAAUGCCGAUGCACUAUCGAGACUACCGUGCAAUAGUGACUCCGACAGUGAAGAUGAUAGAGCAGUCUUCCAGAUCUCUCUCAUUGAUGAACUGCCCAUAUCUGCUUCUGACAUAGCAGAGGAAACAAGGAAAGACCCAGUGCUUUCCAAAGUCUUGGACUUAACAUUAGGAGGUUGGCCAACCUUCGUAAAUGACGAUAACCUUCGUCCAUUCAUCGACAAGAAAGACCAGUUGUCCACUGAUCAAGGGUGUGUUCUGUGGGGAUCAAGGGUGGUGGUACCUCACAAAUUCCAGAGGAGACUGCUAUCUGACCUGCAUGAGGGACAUCCAGGGAUCACUCGAAUGAAAGCACUCGCUCGCAGUUAUCUGUGGUGGCCUGGACUGGAUCAGGACAUUCAACAGCAUGUAGGCCACUGCUCACCUUGUGAAGCUGUUCACAACAAGCCUGCUGCUGCACCUCUUCAUCCAUGGUCCUGGGCUGCUACACCUUGGGAACGCAUCCAUGUGGAUUACGCCGAAAUUGACAAGCAACAUUUCCUUGUUGUCGUCGAUGUCCAUUCCAAGUGGAUGGAAAUGUUCCCUACUCAACUGACCACAGCUGAGAAGACCAUCAAUCUUCUCAGACACCUGUUUGCAUCCUUUGGACUAGUCAAGGAGCUCGUAUCGGACAAUGGCCCUCCGUUCACGUCAAACGAUUUUGAAAUGUUUCUCAAGAACAAUGGGGUAAGGCACAUCCUGUCACCACCUUACCAUCCGGCAUCAAACGGAGCAGCGGAGAGAGCCGUGCAAACCUUUAAGAAGGCCUGGACUAGACUCGAGGUUCAGUCUGUGCCCAUCCACCAAAGGCUUCCCCGGUUCCUGUUUACUUACCGUAACACCCCACACACAGUAACGUAAUGUACACCAGCUGAACUGUUUCUGAAACGCCAACCACGUACCCGCCUGACAUUGUUGAAACCAGACUUGUCAAGCACUGUGGCAAAGCACCAGCUACAGCAGAAGAAAGCUCAUGACAGACACUCAAAGACUGUCAGAGAAUUCAAAGAGGAAGAGAGGGUGAUGGUAUGUGAUUUCAGACACCCCAAGCGCCUGUGGAACUCAGGUGUGAUCUUGCAACGCAGAGGACCUUUGACUUACCAAGUCCAAAUUGGUCAUCGCCAGGUCAACAUUCAUGUGGAUCAUCUGCUACGGUCCAACGCCCCAGCAGAGACAUGCCGAGAGAACAAGAACAAUAACGACCCCCAGGACUAUUCUCCUGACUGUGGACGUACAGGAGAGACAGAGCCUGACCUUC